AUGGCAAACAGUUUGACACCUGAGCUCACCAGCUACCUGGAGGCGGUCCUCCCCUCCGACUCCCGCGCCGCCCUCCGCACAUCCCUCCUUCCAUCCCUCAUCGACGCCAUCCACGCUAUAUCCAAGACCCUACAGGCCUCUCACCAUGUCGCUCUCGUCGGCACCGCCAACGCUUUCGGUGAUGACCAGCUCAACGUCGACGUCUCCUGUGAGAACCUCCUCCGCGAUGCCCUCGCCCGCUGCCCCUCCGUCACAACCGCCAGCAGCGAGGAGGACCCUAUCGAGACGCCCGUUCACACCGGCGCCCCGGCCCCGGCCCCCGACGCAGAGCAUACACCGUCGGCUUUGACCUCCUCGGCGGCGGCUCAAUCAUCUCCCGCAGCUUACUGGGAGGGGCCCCACCGCUCUCAACCAGGGACCCCGCCACCCCGCCAGGUCGCCUCCGUCCUCGGCGUCUACGGGCCCCGCGCCACCGCCAUCGUCGCCCUGCGCAUCCCCGGGUCGACUCCGACGUGCUUCGAAGUCGCCGUCCAGCCCGCCGGCACGGCGCAUUCUCUCCUCCGAAAAGACAUCCGCCUCGCCGCGCCGCCGUUCAAGACGCGCUACUUUGCGCCCGCGAACCUGCGCUCCGCGGCCGAGGACGAGAAGUACAUGUCGCUGAUCACGCGCUUCAUCACCGAGAAGUGGACCCUGCGGUACUGCGGCGGGCUGGUGCCGGACGUCGUGCACGUGCUCGUGCAGGGGCAGGGCGUCUACGUCAUGCCUGUGGGCGGCACGAGCAAGCCCAAGCUGAGGCGCCUGUACGAGCUGUGUCCUAUCGCGCUGGUGUUGGAGACGGUGGGUGGAAAGGCGGUGGAUCCUGUGGACGGUAGGGGAAUCUUGGAGACGGAGGUGAAGGACUGUGAUGAGAGGGGCGGCCUGAUCUUCGGCAAUGUGGAGGAGGUGGACAGUGUGAUUGAGGCAUUGCUGGGGAAGAGCUCUUAG